AUGUAUGAACGACCUGUCAUUCCAACCGAGCCUAUUCCAUAUACUCCAAAACAUUCUAGAAUUUCACCUUCAUCCUCUCCUUCGCCUUCACCUGCACCAUCACCUGGUCCAGCAAGCAGUCAAAAAAGCCAUGCGCUCUCUGAUACGGAAGACAUUAAUGAGCUCAUGCGUCAUCCAGCAUUACUCAAUCACAUCAAAGCACCUCGUAAUCCGAUCAUCCUCUGUCAUGGCUUGUAUGGCUUUGAUGUUCGAGGCCCAUUUUGGGGUUUAGAAAUUCACUAUUGGGCAACCGUUUUGGAUAUUCUACGAAAAAAGGUUGGAGCAGAUGUGAUCGUUAGAGGCGUUCCCGGAACAGGUGCGAUUGCCGAUCGAGCGGAAGCUUUGCAUAAGUAUUUGUGUAGCGAAGAAGCAGGAAUCAAAGGAAAACAAGUCAACUUUAUCGGUCAUAGUAUGGGUGGCUUAGAUGCUCGUUAUCUUAUCAGCGUUCUCAAACCUGCACCUGAACAAUAUACCCCGAUCAGUUUGACAUCCCUCAGUACGCCACAUCGUGGAAGUCCGUUUAUGGAUUGGUGUAAUGCAAAUGUUGGAACGGGAAAUGAUCGUUCGAAUGAGGAAGCCAAGCCAGAUACAGAUCAAAAGGAGUCAGGAAAGAAGAAGAAGAAUGGAAAGGAUUCACCUUUGAUCGACUUUUCCCUUUUCAAUCGUGCAUUGUCUUCGAUCGGCGGAUCAUUUUCAUCUUACAUGCUUUCUGUUCUUGAUCAGCCAGCGUAUGCUAUGCUUUCAACACGAUAUAUGGCCCAAGUCUUCAAUCCAACUGUGCCCAAUUCUCCUGAUGUUGCUUAUUUCAGCGUAGCAUCACGGAAGAGAAGCUUGCCAAUCUAUCAUCCUUUAUGGCUUCCAAAGCUAAUCUUGGACGCAGCAGCAGAAAGUAGAACUGCUGGUGGUGAACGUGAUGGUAGUGCAGAUGCUUUGGGAAGUAAAUCACAAGGAAAUGAUGGAUUGGUCUCAGUGGAAAGCGCAAAAUGGGGCAAGUUCUUGGGUAUAAUUGAUGGAUGUGAUCAUUGGGACUUACGUGGA